AAGUCUUUCAACUCCCAACUUCAUAUCUUUGUGCCUUUGUGCUGGUCCUACACGGAUUUGUGCAACCUUAGCAUGCCUGCCCCAAACAGUCCCUGCAACUGCAUGUUCAAGCUGGUGGUUAACGUCCGAAGGGCGUCAAUCUGGCCUAAUUCGGAUGAGUACCCGCGCAAAGGAACGACGUCCACAAGACUUACUGUGGCCGCGUGAUGCUGAUUUGAGAAUAUGAAUAAGAUUAACGCUCUCAACCUAGGCACCCGCAUAAGAAUCAAGCCGCGAUCCGUGAUCUGAGUAUGCAUACUCAGCCUGUUGCGACGAAGGGAUUCACCAGCGUAACUAGAUCACGGAACGGGCAUUGUUGACCGGGAAGAUCGUUGAUGUUUAUCAUUAAAAUGGACGCCCAUCACGCGGAAACGUCGGUGACAUCCAGCGCCAAUUCAUUCGAUUCGAACCACGUUUGUCAGCUAAAAACAGGACAGGGACCAUGUUGGUUUACUCUUACCGAUUCUCCCCUUUCACCAGCCUUUUUCUAACGCCAUGUUUCAACACACACUCCUUUGUCUCGCGUUCAUUUCUGUCGCUACACAGUCAUUUGUUAUUGCUCAUGGUGGCCACGGUCACAAAAUUCGCCGUCGUUACUUCCAAGAUUGGUCCCAACCUCACGAUCACUCGGUAAACAAACUCUUCAAGCGUGGUGGGGAUGGUGCUCAGUAUCCGGAAGUUGGUUCGUCAGACUGGGCAGCAAAAUACCCUCCUGCGAAUGGCAAAACCCCAGACCAGAGUUUGACCCCGAAGGAAUGGCUGGAUGCAUUAAAUGUUGCCGUUGCAGCUGGAACCAUUCCUGCUGUUGAUAGGACAACCAUUCCCCGGAACAGUGCUGGGGACGUUACGGGAGCACCAGUCUACCCAAAAAACCAGGAUCCUACAGGGCCAGGCAUUUGCUCCGCAACGUAUCAAUGCCGCGCUGCGGACGAUGUUUGGGAUGGUCCCGAUGGUACUUUCGCUAUCAGCUUCGAUGACGGUCCUCUACCUUCUACGAGUAUUCUCGUCGAUUUCCUAAAACAGAAUAACGAGAUAGCAACGCAUUUCAUGAUCGGUGCCAAUGUCCGCAACAACCCGCAGCGGUUCCUCGACGUUUUCAACUAUGGUGGCGAUUGUGCUGUUCAUACAUGGUCACAUCCGUACAUGACAUCUUUGUCCAACGAAGAUAUUGUUGCUGAGCUUGGUUGGACAAUGCAAAUCAUCCAUGAUUCUACCGGAGGAAAAGUACCAAAAAUGUGGAGACCUCCCACUGGCGACGCUGACGUUCGAGUCAGAGCUAUUGCUAAAGAGGUAUUCGGGUUGAAAACCGUGAUCUGGAAUCGAGACUCCGCUGAUUGGAGAAUCAGUCUUGGACAACAGACGUUGGAUGGUGUCAAUUCUGACAUGGAUAAAUGGCUCACAGGCCCGAAAACACCAGGUCUCGUUGUCCUGGAACACGAGCUGACAAACCUAACGGUACAGGGAUUCACGGGGAACUACCCUAAGAUCAAGAGCAACGGGUGGAACACGAAAUCCCUCGCCCAGCUUUUCGGUGAUGCCUACCAGAACGUUAAUGGUGAUCAGGUUACUCCCGCCAGUGUAAACCAUCAAGCAAGUGGGAACGCCCUUUUGAAUACCACCUCCGAUUCCGUUAGCUCGACUACUACCACGUCCCAAACAAUUUCGAGCGUUGCGACGUCGACCCCGCGAACCGCGACUGUGACAACGUCUAGUUCAUCCGGUACGAGCACUUCGAGUUCUAGCAACAAAACCAACUCCAACUCGGCACUUCCAUCCAAUAUGUUCUCGCAAUGGUUCGCUGCGAUAUUUGCCUCGACUCUUAUUAUCUCUCUUUCAUAGUGUGCGGUUCUUUUAGGGCUCUUUUCUCAUUGUCAUAACGAUCUCUUGAUUUUACAGAACUGAAUAUGUUUGUCGUUUCCUUUAAUUUGGGACUUUUGUGUCAACGCUUUUAGUAUGAUCUACGAAUCUUGUUUCAUUAGUUUGUAUGUAUCUCCAAAGAUAACGAGAAUACCUACCGCGCUUUUCGAACCGAGAAUGACAGGGC